GGACCACAGGAAAAAAGAAAAGAUUAUUUCUGAAAGUUGUGUCGCUCACAGUUCACAAAUAAUCCCCCGAAGAAAGGAAGAUCUGUUUCAUUGUUGUCUUUUAUUAAUUUCAUUCAGAUCAAGAAUCGGUUUCAAAUUCUUCCUUUAAUAACUGGUACCACUGUUUGCUUAAAUCCUUAAAGUUGCUGAAAGAUAGCAAGGGUUCAAGGUAUGAGUUAAUGGUUAUUGCUACCCACUGUCAGGUCCUUGUCCUAUAACCACAGAAUGUCAUAUAGCCUCCUUUAAUCGCCUCUCCUUGCUAUCAAAAUGUGGAAUUUUGCAUCCAAUUGCAUAGCAGGAAGUGUUGGUGUGAACAGCAGUCCAAAGCUAACUCAAGCUGCAUUAGAAUCUUCAGAUGAUGAGGCUUCUUCUGUUGUAAGCAGAGAAGAAGGCCUAGAGUGCCCAAUAUGCUGGGAAUCCUUCAAUAUUGUGGAAAAUGUGCCGUAUGUUUUAUGGUGUGGCCAUACCCUAUGUAAAAAUUGCAUCCUAGGACUUCAAUGGGCUGUUGUGAAGUUCCCCACAUUACCUAUUCAACUUCCCCUCUUUAUUUCAUGUCCAUGGUGCAACCUCUUAUCUUUCCGCCUAGUGUAUAGAGGCAACUUAAAAUUUCCUCGCAAAAAUUACUUUCUACUUUGGAUGGUUGAAAGCAAGAAUGAAGAUGGACAUAAGUGUCAGAAUACCCUCUAUGAAGAUCAUCAACCCCUCUGGUCAUCAGACAACAACUUAUCCUCUGGAAACCAGUUAAGUCGCAGUAACAUCAGAAGGGAACAUCAUUCAGAGCCAUCAGGAGUAAACCACGAUCAUAAUAAUGGCAAUAUUUUGCUUAAUAUGGGAAGAAUACAUUCAUCCCUUCAGAAGUCACUGGUUUUCUUUGUUCAUCUGACAGCCAAGUUUCCUUUGGUCAUUAUAUUCCUUUUGAUCAUCUUAUAUGCUAUACCUGCUAGUGCAGCCAUUUUGGCCUUGUACAUUCUUAUCACAGUUCUAUUUGCUCUUCCAUCAUUUCUAAUAUUGUACUUUGCUUAUCCUAGUUUGGAUUGGCUUGUCAGAGAAAUCAUUACUUGAUAUGCAAUAGCUUUUUAGACUAUGAACUUUGUGAAUAGAAGUUUGCACCUAGAAACAGGCCUCUAUUCAUCUAGAUGCUAUGAACUUCUUAAUUUGACGACGUCCCAGUUUCCAAGGCUGCUCAAUUCUUUAACUUCCAGGUGGCUCAGUUGCGUGCACUCUUCUGUUCAUCAUGUUUAGAAGCGCAUCAAUUGUUUCAGAAUUUUACCGGGAUCGAGGCUGUGUGGUCUCUGGAUAUUUUUUUGUGGCAGCAGAGGCCCAUGAUGUCCAAACCUCAUCUGCCAAUUUAGGUUGCUUUGCGGAUUUGCAAAGCUAUUGUAAGUAUACAGAUAGUUAAUUAGUGUGAUGCCUUUUAUCAAAGAGCUUGAUUUCUUCCAUGUAUGGAAACCCAUUUUUUAUGUAUAAUUUAUCUAUUUGUCUUGUAUUGCUACUGCUGUACGUUAAUGAAGCUUUAAUGUUCGAACCUUUUUUGAUCAAA